AUGGUCGCUCCUGUUGCUGACCAAACUCCCGUGACCACCGCAGACGAAUUCUGCCCCGCUCUCGAUCAGUCAAAGCCCGAAAUCAGGAUCCUAGAGCUGGAGGAUGGCACGGGUGAUGAAGAAAUCCGAUGUCGAUACAGAAUAGUCAAUCUGGAUGAUCACCCCCAGUAUGAGACACUAUCUUACGUCUGGGGCCUGGUCACGGAGCAUCGGACAGUCCUUGCAGAAGGCUAUCGAGUAGAGGUGAGCGAUAACCUCUAUGCAGCCCUGCAACGACUGCGCUAUGUGGAUCGCAAGAGGAUGAUCUGGAUUGAUGCAAUAUGCAUCAACCAGAAGGACAACAAGGAGAAGGAAGGACAGGUCGACAUGAUGCACCGAAUCUACUCUCAAUGUUCCUUGUGCUCAUGCUGGCUUGGAGACUUCCGGAAUGGCCCCGGGACAAUCUCCGUGGCAUCGGCUCAAGGAUUGGUUGACUUCGUCACGUUCUUGAACGCUGAUCUUAAAGGAGAGGUUCCCUCUACUAUCGCCGAACAUGAUCAACGGAUCGCAGUAUCGAAAGCGAUUCAUUCCUUCAUGGCCGCUCCGUGGUGGACGCGGGUCUGGACCAUCCAGGAGAUCGUUCUCCCGAGCUCCAGCGAACUUCUCUGGGGUCCUGUUUCUGUCCCCUGGAAAGCCCUAGCGAAAGCGGCAGACCUCAUGACCCAAUCACCCGGCAUGAACAAGAUGCAGUCACCGAUCAAUCUCUGGGACUUCUUCAGCCCAGACGUUAGCACGGGCCAAUUCACAGUCCCGAUAAAGGCCUUGACCAUUAUCUCGAAGGACUCCUCGAGUCCGAUCGACCUCUUCUUCCGUUUCCGAGAGCGCGCGGCCACCAACCCUCGGGACAAGGUCUACUCGCUCCUAGGCCUCAUGCGAAACUGGAAACCGGACAGGGUCCGUUUCGCAGACUACUCCCUCGACCCCGUGACGCUGUUCUCGAUGAUCAGCGUGGACCUCCUGCAAAUGGCAGGCAUGCGGCCAUUCGUCGGCCGGAGCGGCGGGCCACCGAAUAUCGAAGGCCUGCCCAGCUGGGCGCUGGACUGGACGCGGCAGGACCCAAGCCAGCUGAGCGACAACCUAAACUGGUGGGAGCACUACUUUGUGUACUUGAAGUUCGACGCCGACGCCCAGGAAGGAAUGAAUUGGUUGUGUAGCACAGAUCCCGGGAUGAAGUACCUCGGGCUCAAGGGCGUCAAGGUUGGCCGGGUUAUCUUUCGCGACACACCCAUGACGAUAGAAAGGCCCGACGCAACCAGCUCGCGGGAGGACCUGAAGGACCGGCUGCUGACUAUGAACAUGCACAUCGCGGCGUGGAAGCGCGGCGUCCUAAGCUUCCUCGAGCGCGCAGAGGAGGGGAAGAAGCUGGAUCAUGAGAAGAUCUGGACCUCCUUCGAGGCGGUCUGGAACGGGACCUUUCAAGGUAUCAUCGACCCGAUCCCUGGCGCGCAGUGGAGGCUCCAGAUACUCAGGAAUAAGACGCUGCUUAUCACCGACACUGGGUACCUUGGCUUGGGCCCGGGCACAGCUCAGGCUGGUGACGACAUCUGGGUCUUCCGUGGUGGCCGGGUGCCAUUUGUGAUAAGGCCAGUUGGCCCCGCGCCUGAGGACGCCAGGUUCAUGAUGAAUAUGAUGGUCGGCGAUGCGUAUGUAAACGGGAUCAUGGCUGGAGAGCUUAUGAAGGGGAAGGACAACAAUAUGCUGAAUUUUGUACUACUUCGUUAA